AUGGCCAAGUGGCGUGCAAUGACCACGGCUGACAUCCAAGGCCUCAUGCUCGUCGCCGAUGCGAUACACCCCGGGCUCCCAGAAAGCCAAGAGGUUCUUCUGGAGCAAGGGGCAAAGGAAGAAAAGGGGCAGAAGGAAAAAGUCCACGGCUACACCAUCUCGCACCCCAUCCGCCGCCGGCCCUGGACAGUUUUCCUAGGCAGGAUCCCCCCCGAUGUAGACCAGUACUACAUACAUCCACGACGUCGCGGUCCUGCCCUCGUUGCGGGGCCGGGGUCUCGCGGCCGAGUGCGUCGACCGGCUGCUUGCUGCGGCAUGUUCGGUGUCGGCACCCCUUCUUUGAUGGGCUACGGUUGA